AUGGCCACUUGGGUAGAGAAGGUCGGGGCUCAAGGGGCCUCUGUUGUUGUGAAGGGUGUUUGCUACGACAAUCCGAUUGGGUUCACUCGGGCUAUUUGUGUUUCCUCUAUGGACCCUUUGGCAUUUCCUUCUGCAGUGGGAGCAGGUGCCCAAAUGGUGGAAAUUGGAAAUUAUGAUUCUUUCUACGAGAUGGGAAUUCAGUUUUCCCCUGAACAGAUUCUAAAGCUCAUUAGAGAAACUAGAAGGAUUCUUCCAUCCAUUACACUGUCUGUAACCGUGCCACACAUGCUUAGUCUCCCUGAUCAGGUGAAGCUAGCAGAGUUGCUGGAACAGGAAGGUGCUGAUAUAAUCCAAACUGAAGGAGGGAAAUACUCAAGUCCAUCAAAACCUGGUGUCCUUGGUUUGAUCGAGAAGGCCACACCAACGCUAGUAGCUGCAUACUCCAUUUCCCGAGCAGUUCAGAUUCCAGUUAUGUGCUCAUCUGGAUUAAGCGCUGUCACUGCACCUAUGGCUUUAACAGCAGGAGCAGCUGGUGUGGUAUGCGUUCUUUUGCUUUCUAAUCUAAUCAUUAUCUGCUACUAG